AUGGAGACCAUUUCCCAACUCAGAACUUUACUCCUUGCUGCACUAAGUGAUCGCGGAACUCACAAUGUGGAGCAGGAGCUUUUUGAUUCGUUAAUGAUUCACAAGUCGCGUCUUGCCAGUGUUUUCGAUGUUGGGCAGAGGAAUCCCCAGGAACAAAAAGAGAUUGAAUCUGGCAAAACUCUCAUCAAUGGGAAGCAAGUUGCAGUGAACUCAGAUUUUGCGCGACAAGUGAUAUUCCUGUCUCAACAUCUCGAGUGUUCCGAACGAUAUGUGGCCGGUCUCCUUAAUUCUAUCAUGAUUCAAAAUCCCAAUAUAACACCCGUGAGCUGCCUCGAACUAGCAGUUGCAGAGUUCCAUUCCCGCCGUCGCCACCUAGUCGAUUGUUUACGCUAUUUACUCGAAGCUACUGAGGCCGCAGAAGUAUCGGAGGCACCUCCCCUGUACUAUCAUCUUGACCGAUAUGUUAGAAUGGAUUUGACAAAGCCACAACACCUUCCCGGCGGAGGUGAAUUACCUCUAGCUUACAGAAUAUUCCAAGAGGUAGAAACUCUCGGCAAAGUGAUUAUUCGGGCAGACAAUAUGAGAAAAAGUGCCCAAACUCACACUGUCAUUCCACAACAAGGUGAAAAACUUGUGUCCGUGGUAUUUCUUGGACCUGACGUGACUCUAGGUUCUCCUACCCUUGGAUUCGACAUAUGCAAUGCCCGUUACGAUUCCUUGAAGUACGAACAAAAGUAUCUUGCCACCUGUUUAUACCUCAUUGCUCGCCUUGGCGUCAUCUCUCCUGACGAGAUAAAACGCAUGAUCGAAUGGCUGGUCACUAAUCCCAAUCAUAGCAUGACAUUUUACGUCCUUACUACAGUUUUGGCUGUCUUUGAUACAGUAAAUCCCAACACUCUAGGAGCACAGCACCGAAGUCACAUUGCCAACGACAAAGCCCUCGUAUCAUUCAUGACGAAAAAGCUAGAUGCGACGGCGGAGUGGAAAGAGCCGGGUUUGAAGGCCACCGUGCUUUUGAAGUGGACGUUAUUCCUUACCGAACAAAGGCAUCGGGAUCCAGGUCUGGAAAAUCGUGACGGUUUCCGGACAGAGGAACUCGAAGUACAAAUCUGGAACGCUGUCCAAGGAGAUGUCUUUCUGUAUCUUUCAACGGUCCUUCUACAACUCCGGAGAUCCACAGUAACAUUCUGUCCAUCGCUCUUGAGUGGAAUAGCUCUCUCUUCCGAGCAACAAGAGCAGCGAGAAGUUCCUGCAGAUGACUUUAAAGUUCAUGUUCUGAACGCGUUCGAGGCCAUUGUUCGUUCAUUGAUUACUCACGCCUCAUCGGAACUUCGCAAAAUAAAACAACGGCAGGAAGACUUGGUGCUGGCUAAUGCGCGCACAGACCGUUCGCGAUCCGAUCCCUCCCUCUUUCGUCCCUCUUCGAUCAUGGAACCCGAAAAACAUUCAUCUCCUCCGAGAUAUGAUAUCGCUAUGCUCUACUCAUUCAUUGGACUGCUGUAUUCAAGUCUACCCGCAGAAGCAGCUCUUCAGUUUUGGGGUGCUGGAUCUCAGGUUGAGCCGAAUCGCACAAAUUAUCUUGAGUAUCUUGAAACAACGGCAGGUCGCCUACCUGCUUUCCUACAGUGGACUGUGUGGUCCACCCAGACCCAGGAUCUGAACAUGACGAUGGCUUUGUAUGACAUGUUGGCCGGAUUAUCGAAAGGUCAACAGUGCAGUGAGCUGGCAUACAAUUUUAUGGCACGCGGUGGCGGAGAAGUUGUUCCAGGAAGCUCAUUGCCAUCAGGCGGUUCAUCUGUUUCAUGGGAUGUGGUUUUCGGCCUGUUAGAAUCUUGGGCUACUGGCACAAGUGCCCGAAGUCCAAUAGCUUCCCAGGGAUACAGUCAGGGCAUCCUCGGAGGUUCAUCUACUUUGAUGCCCCAGUCUACCCGUUCCCAAGAAAUGCAAAUUGGACCGCAGGACGUUCUUCUGGCACAAUCAUUCCUUCGAUUGCUGUCAAUGGUCGUGACUCACUCCGUCGCGGUUCGUUUAACGAUUUCAGGACACGCUCAUUUUCGUGCUAUACCUACUCUCGUGUCGCUCAUACCUCUUCGAGUACCUCUGGAGCUCAAAGGAAUGGUGUUCGAGACGCUAGCCGCGUUCUGUACACCAGGAGCGGGGAUUCCUGGCGUUGAGAUUUGUCGGGCUGUGUGGACACUGAUGGAGAGGCUGGAGGUAAUCAAUGUCCGAUCCGGCACCACAGUCAGCUUUGGGAGCUCCUUUGUAUCUGUCAAGGGUGUCGAAGUUGAGUUGGAAGAAGUCGAGGCCACACAUGGUUUAUAUCCAGCAACGAUACCUUUUUUGAAACUCCUGAGCACUCUCAUCCACACCCCAAAACGGAUUGCUUUGAAGGACCGCGUCUCAGACCAAGCUUCUAUCAACACGAUACCUGAAUCCCUCGGCCAACCGUACCGCCUCCCCGGUAUCGGGCCGUUUGUCGCUUUCGUCAUCGACAAUAUAUUUUCGAAGAUUUCCUCUCGGGAAUAUCGGCGUCCUUCUGAAAGAUGGCAGAUGAAUGACCUUUGCUUAGCGUUCAUUGAGAGGGUGCUAGCUAGCUAUGAUAUGGAAUCUUUGCUUGCGAUAGCUGAAGAAGGUUCCUUGAAGGAGAACACUGUCGUACAAUAUCUUGUUCAUCCUGGAUACGAGGUUUUGAAACGCAUGUUAACCGCUUCGAAUCUCCAAACAUCAGUGCUUUCAUACGUCGUCGAGGGAUUGAUUGGACUUGAAAAGGGCUUUGCCGAGGAGGAACCAUUCUUUGAAAACACUAUUACCCGCGUUUUGAGGAUUGUGCAUCGAGUUCUCGAAAUCCAAGAUAUCUUUUUGGAUGUUCUCGUACCCCUCACUUUGGAAUUUGAUAGCGCACCACUCAUUGGCACUAUUCAUCCUCGCUCUUACUUCAUAAAAUUCGACCAGGCAUUGUCGUUCAGCGCAGACUACGUACCAGCUAUUGCUGCUUAUGUGGCAUACCCUUCCCAUUUUGAGAUAGUUUUACUGUCGGUCAAGAUCAUUGAUCUUCUUUCAGCUUCAAGCGCGUUCUCCAAUCUUGCUGCCCUCAUCGCACGCAGUGAUGACUCAGAUCGUAUACUCGGUGGAUAUCUCCAAAUCUUGAGUGUAGAAUCGACGGAAGAUAUUUCCAUUGCGGAGGCCACAGCAGAGCAGAUCACUGGUGCUGGUUCUCCAGACAUCGAAGACAUCCCGGUCUCGCUCGAACAAGCAACUAGAACGGCUGUUCUCGACAUGCUUAUACACAACACCGAACCACGACGCUCUUAUCCAAACACAGCGCACUAUUUACUUUUUGGAGAAACAAAUUUUGAACAAGGAAUUCAGGAUCCCCACGCAUUAGGCUCACGGGACGCUUGCGUUCAUGUGCUUCUUCAACUUGUCAAUGCCGGAAUUCCGACAAACAAAGGAAAACGCCACGACAUUUCUGCCACACCUCUGUUCAUCACCCUUCCUGCUCUUGCGGAACGCUGCUACCAUGUCAUUUAUCAGCUUUGUGUUCAUCCCCGGACUUCUAGCUCAAUGAUGAGGUAUCUACGCACCCGUGAAGAUUUCUUUACCCGCCAUCUCUCCGCUAUCCCCUCCCAGGUCCCACAGAUGCUGCAAGAACCCACUAUAGAGAUCCAAUAUAAGGAUGGCUCACGCGUUAUCACCACGGUCCCUACUCUCAGCUCUUUCCUGCGAUUAAGGUCUUGGAUAUUCGACCUCGUGGCUUUGGACCUGCACGUUCUUACCGGCAAAGGUCGAUCGCGGAACAUCUCUGAGGUCCUCGAUAUUCUCUUCGGCAAUGAAUCUGUCUUAGAGGAAUCUGCCUCAUGGCAAGAUGAAGUGUUCAAACCUUUCCAUGAAGUUGGGCAGUCACAUCUCAAGAUCAUAGAGUUCGUGCAGUCAUUGACAUUUGAAUGGGGAGAUUCACUUGCAACAAAGCCUGUCGAUCUUCAAUUGUUGGCCGAAGUCAAUCUACAGGUCUGCUUGCGCAAGGAUGCAGCAGGUUGUGAGAUAAUUGAUCGCUCUGCCCUUCUCAUGCUGUUGACUGCUUCUAGACGCGCUCUGUUUGCGCAAAACAAGAUCAUAACAUCGGUACAAGUGCAGCAGCUCGAGGCUGAGACUUCUUAUAUCUUGGAAAGUUCUGCUAUCGAGAACCACCGCCGCCAAGUCGUUCAUGCUAUCAGCACAGGAUUUGAGGCGUGGAGGCGCGUGUUGGACAUAACUUUGACUAGAUGUUUCGACUAUCUUCCACAAGACCACCGCGAAAACAUGUUAUUCGACAUUCUCCAUGUUCUCCCUCCAAUCAUCAAAUCCGAAGACAUCCACGAAUCGACCGCUGUCCUGUUGUCUGAAGUUGUUCUUUCUUCUAUCACGAAGCUCUAUGAAGACAGGCGUCACCAGAUCAUAUUGCAGUCAGCGGGUGGAGAUCCGCACUCUGACCUAUUACCUGCUGAACGUCUGUAUCUGAUUCUACGUAGCAUUCUAGAAUGCAUCAUAGGCAGUAAUCACAUCGAGUUGGUUAGAGGCAAUCUCUACGCUGCGCUCAUCAACUACGUGAACCUCGUGUCCUCUUCGGAAGACUCGACCUCCAAAUCCCAGUCGCUAGCUGUAUCGGUGUUUGGUUCCACACGGGAAGCAAGUCCGUUCAGCAGUUCCCUUUCUGUUGUCCCUCAUAUCCCGCUGUCGCAGAAUUCUCAACUUCAAGCCAACAGCUUGGCUUUGCUGAAAACUGGUCUAGAGCGUCUUCUUAUAACGAUUUCCCGUGAUGCAAUUGACGGAACUGAGGUUUGGAGAACCGUGGCCUUCAUGCUCUUGGAUUCAUUGAUCCAAUUGUCAGCGUUGGAAAAACAACACCCUGUGCUGCUUCAGUUGACCCGUCACGGUAUCCUAUCUAAUUUUGUUCAAGGCGUCAAAGAGUCGGACUCACUUUUACAAUGCGUUCUGAAGCCAGACCCAGAUGAUUUGAAUCCUCUGUAUGUCUAUGAGUCAAAAAUGUCUUUCUUCAUCCGGAUGGCGGAAACACGUACGGGCGCCGAACAAUUACUUGAUGUACGGUUGAUCCCUACCCUGGCGCAAUGUGACUUUCUGGACUCCAGACCAGAAGCCGAUGCAUCCUUUGUUGAUCAUGACUCGUUUUUACCCUCUGCAAUACAAAGAUACCAUAAUCUCUUCAUGCCGAGUCUGCAAAUCAUUAAUGCUAUGCUGGCGACUUUGGGUAGCAAACAUGCUACGGCGUCUAAUCAAGCCCUGGAUUUUGUAUCGCGGCACAGUGCAACAAUCAUCAUUCUCCUCAAAAAUGAAACGGAGGACUUUUCGCUGGCUCUACUUGAAGAAGUCCAUCUACUUGUCACGCUUUGUGCCCAGGUCCUUCCCCUCGUUCCACGGUCAGAACUGGCUUCCACUCACUCAGGUUUUGGUGCUAUCAACGGUGCUAUCCUGGCUCUUUCCACAAAAUGCCUUGGUAGAGGGACGUGGACGGACGCUAUCAAGCCUCAAACCGAUAGCGAAAUUCUCCGUGCUAGUGUUCUUGCUUCCGGUUCCAGCUCCGAUUCCAACUUUGAUAUCGAAGUUCGAAGAAAGGAACGACUUCUCCGGAAAGCUUUGAUCGCAUACGCAGGUGCAACCAGCGAAUUUACAGAACCCGAAAUAAACUUAGUCUUGUCCCCUGUCCAUGUGGCAUCGCGAUACGAUGAAAGGAGCUCUCACUUCCUUGCUACUAUUCCUACAAUUGGCGAUGCAUUGGAGGCAAUGAACUCCCUGUGUCAGGACCUCGCAGCAACUCUGAAGCAAAUAUCGGACAUAUCUGCGGAAUUGAGUGCGAAGGACCUUAUCGCAGUGGACAACAUAACAGAGAUUGUAGGAGACCUUGACCUUAAUUUUGUUCAAGACUUGGAGAUUGGUCAAAAACGAAACCUCAUUUGUCGUCAGCUGGACAGGAUGGUUGUAGAGGCGCAAAGGGAUGCUAAAAUGAUAAUCAACACCCUCGAAAUGUUACUGCUAUUAUUAUGGAGACAUAUAAUGUAUUACGCUGAAGGGGCGCACGUACAAACACCUCAACUCAAUGCAUCUACGGCGACGGCAAUGCGGUUCCUGUCUACCCCCGAUCCUGAAGCGUUCCGACAACAAAUCGCAAGAAAUCUACUGCCUACUCUACAGCGGCUACAAACCCUCUUCACUGACGAUACUUUGAUUGGGGAUGAGUGGCGCGCAAAUCGGGCAUACGUGGAAAUUAUGUGUCGCAGGCUGCGGGAUAGUACCGGUAUGGUCGACCCAGAUGAGAACGAGACGUCAUGA